GCUACCUGACCAACCGGCGAGCCGCGUCGCGAGCCCGGACGGCUUUGAGAGCGCGCGUGCGCGCCCCGCGCCCCUUGCUUGGUGCUUCUCCUCACUGCUUGGGCCGAGCGAGCGAGUUCCUCGCCUCACAGGGCGGGAGCCAGGCGCGGCAGCGGCGACGGCGGCACCAGCGGGAACGUUUUUGGCGGGUACAAGAAGCUCAAGAUGACAAGUUGGCAAAAUGAUUUAAAGACUUUUAAAGCAAAUAUGAAUGAAUAAGGAUUAAUUUUAUUUGUGUGAAGGGAGCAUGAGAAUGCAACAGUUUGGAGCAGACAAAGUGCUCUAGGACAUGGGUGUGGCGCUCCCAGGCAUCUUUUCUUUUUUACUGUCAGUUAUAUUUUGGAUUUUUGGGAAAACACUUGAAAACCCAGUCUCUAACUGGGUCUACUCCAGACACAACUGAUCCAUAAUUAAUGAAGCAGUCUCAAACUUAAUUUUCAGUUUUUACCAGUAAAACUGAACUUGUUGAAGGAUUUUUGAUGUUGUACACAAGGGAACAAAUAAGGAGACUAAAACGCAAGACUAGCCUUCCAGUGUGCCCCCUACUCCCCCUUGAAAGAAAAGGAUUUUCAGCUCAACCUUGCACCAGCUGUUACCCGGAUUUAGCAGUCAAGAGAGAAAUAAACAAAAUUAAACAACGAAUGCCAGACAACCCCAGUUCCUGGUGAAAUCAGGGGCGAGUGCUCCUACUUUAAAAGAAGAGAACGUUUGCGGCACGAGGUGGGGGGCAGAGAAUGAUGUGCACAAGUGUGACAGAUUUGCUAACACAAUAACCUUCCGCUGAGCAACAACCAGAAUGUACUGCUUUAUACUAAAAGCAGAUUAAAAAGGAGAAACUUGCUCCAGAGUAUACAUUGCAAAAUCACCAUGUGUUUUCUGAAACAAAAAUAAUAACAAAGCAAACCAUCAAAACCUAGUAUAUACCUUGUGUCUUUCAUUGAUCACCUUCCUUGGGGUGCUCAUUUGGCUCAUCCUGCACUCUUGCACUAAAACGUCUAGCCCAAUUCUGAUACUUCAUUUGCUACAUUUUUCAACUUUCUGUCACCUCAGAAGAGGAUCAUCUCUACUCUACUCUAGGAAGCACACUUUUUUACAGGGCUUUCCUGGUACAGGAACCUGCACAAUUUCUUGAACCACUAGAAUUUUCAAUUGGAGUACAAGCUCCCAUUUUAUAUUUUUAAUUUUCCUUGCCCCACAAGAAUCUUGGGACCACAUAUAGAAUUCCCAUUGUUGUCUUCUGUGACACUUACUUGGGUUGUGAAUACUACUAUUCAUUUUCAUCUGGAUCAUAUUGUAAAUCUGAUCUGACUCAUAACACCUAACUACAAGAACUUGAAUACAGAUUUAAAAGUCUCCUUUGCACAGUUGCUUUUCUUUUUGAAGGUCCCUCCUGCAUUUUCUUGUCCUUUCUGACUCCAGUUGGGCCUGGGCUAUGCUGCAGGGCGGAUCAUCCAUCAGAGCUCCAACAUGCCAGCAGCAUCUGGAAAGAGAUUCAAACCCAGCAAGUAUGUCCCUGUAUCAGCGGCUGCAAUCUUCCUAGUAGGAUCCACCACACUCUUCUUUGCUUUUACGUGCCCAGGGCUUAGCUUGCAUAUCUCCCCAAUCAUCCCCAUUUACAAUGCUGUGGUCUUCCUCUUUGUGCUGGCCAACUUUAGUAUGGCCACCUUCAUGGAUCCAGGCAUAUUUCCUCGAGCUGAAGAAGAUGAGGACAAGGAGGAUGAUUUCCGAGCUCCAUUAUACAAGACUGUGGAGAUAAAGGGUAUUCAAGUGCGCAUGAAAUGGUGUGCAACGUGUCGCUUCUACCGGCCCCCACGCUGCUCUCAUUGCAGUGUCUGCGACAACUGUGUGGAGGAAUUUGACCAUCACUGUCCCUGGGUAAACAACUGUAUUGGGCGGCGCAAUUAUCGCUAUUUCUUCCUGUUCCUGCUCUCACUUACAGCACAUAUCAUGGGUGUAUUCGGUUUUGGCUUGCUGUUUGUUCUGUGUCAAGUUGAAGAGCUCUCUGGGAUCCGUAUGGCCGUCACUAUGGCUGUGAUGUGUGUGGCUGGCUUGUUUUUCAUUCCUGUUGUAGGCCUUACAGGAUUCCAUGUGGUCUUGGUAGCCAGAGGUCGCACUACAAAUGAGCAGGUUACAGGCAAAUUCCGGGGUGGAGUAAACCCUUUCACCAAUGGCUGUUGUAAGAACGUCAGUCGUGUCCUCUGCAGCUCCCCAGCCCCCAGGUAUCUUGGACGGCCAAAGGCAGAGCAGACUGUGUCAGUGAAGCCACCGUUCCUGCGACCAGAAAUAUCAGAUGGACAGAUUGCUCUAAAGAUAAUGGACAAUGGUAUCCAGGCUGAGCUAAAGAGAACAAAGUCCAAAGGAAGCCUUGAGGUGACGGAGAGCCAGUCUGCUGAUGCUGAGCCACCGCCACCACCCAAGCCAGACCUCAGCCGCUACACAGGUCUGAGGACGCAUUUAACCCUGGCCACCAAUGAGGACAGCAGUUUGCUAAGCAAGGACAGCCCUCCAACUCCAACAAUGUACAAGUACCGACCUGGCUAUAGCAGCAGCAGUACUUCAGCUGCACUGCCUCACUCCACCAGCGCCAAGCUAAGUCGAGGAGACAGCUUGAAGGAGGCAACCUCCAUUGCUGAGGGCAGUCGAAACCCCAGCUACCGUUCUGAGCCAAGUCUGGAGCCAGACAGUUUUCGGUCUCCCACUUUUGGCAAAAGUUUCCAUUUUGAUCCACUAUCCAGUGGCUCCCGUUCGUCCAGCCUCAAGUCUGCCCAAGGCAUGGGCUUUGAAUUGGGCCAUCUUCAGUCGAUCCGCUCUGAGGGCACCACAUCCACAUCUUACAAGAGCUUGGUGAACCAGACGCGCAAUGGGAGCUUGUCCUACGACAGUCUUCUCACACCCUCUGACAGCCCUGACUUUGAGUCAGUGCAGGCAGGCCCAGAGCCAGAGGCCCCCAUGGGCUACACAUCUCCUUUCCUCUCGGCACGUAUUGCCCAGCAGCGGGAGGCUGACCUGCACAGUCGUUUCCCAAGUUCUGGCUCACCCAAGCACCAGCCACCCCGUGACCCUUCACCUGUCCGUUAUGACAAUCUUUCGCGCCACAUUGUGGCCUCCAUACAGGAGCGGGAAAAGCUGCUACAGCAGUCACCCACGCCACCACCCCUAGCCAAAGAGGAGGAUACAGCACUGGGGGACUCAGGCAUCCAGUCCACCCCAGGCUCCAGUAAUGCUCCACGUACCAGCUCCUCCUCGGACGAUUCAAAACGCUCACCUCUGGGCAAGAACCCACUCACCCGCCCAGUGCCACCUCGCUUUGGCAAGCCAGAACCACCACAUGCACUCAGAGUGCGUUCUCUGGGCUCACCAGACCAGCCUGCAGCCCCACACUUGGGGAAAUCUGUGUCUUACAGCAGCCAAAAACAGUCCUCGCAGGCCAUUGUCCCAGAGACUGAGGAGGUGGCCUUGCAGCCUUUACUGGCACCAAAAGACGAGAUGCAGAUGAGACCCUCCUACAGCAAGUCCAAUGGACAGCCCAAAAGCCUGAGCUCAACCUCGCCCACCCCUGGUCAGCCACCUCUCAGCAGCCCCACUCGUGGAGGAGUCAAGAAGGUCUCUGGAGUGGGUGGGACUACGUAUGAGAUCUCUGUAUGAGGAGGUGAUAUCCCCACUGUUGACUCCUCCCUGGCUGAUUCCAAAAUGCUCUAUCCCUGAUGAGCAGGAGAUUGGGACUUGCUCACCAAAUGGCUGCCCCAUCAGAUGCAUGGACCUUUUUUUUACAAAUACAGUUUUUUGGGGGGUGGGGGGAGAGAGCUGAAGGGACAGCUACCUUUUUAAACUAAAGUAUCUGGGAUUGGGAGAGUCCCUAAACACUACAGCAGGAUUCUAGCCUUGCUCAUCUCCACAGCCUGCACUCUUCCUCUCAACCAACAAAGAGACUGCAAUUUGUAGCGCACACUGCCCAGAGAGAAGGGGAGGGAGUUGCUCUCAGCACCCUCUGUGAGAGAAGGUACAGGCUGCAGGCUGCCCCACUACCAACAGGACAGUCAGUUGUGGACCUUGUGCAAUCGCUCGCCUAGUGUGGUAGGAGUGGAUCAUUUUUAAUUUUUUUUAUUGUUAACGGAUGCUAUUUUUUUCCUGUUCUGAGUUACUGGGUGUGUGUAUAUAUAAAUAUCUAUAAAUAUAUAAAUAUAAAUAUUAAAAUAUAUAUAUAUAUCCAUAUGGAGCGUGGGGUGGCCCUGGCAGAUCCAUUAGCUGGGCCUGAGGAAGCCAUGUAUGGAGCAUUUUAAUUUUGGAGGAGUCCAAAGGGCUUUAUCAGAUUAAUCAUUUUGUUUACUUUUGAAUGGGUCAGGCAAAAUACAAAAACUGCUGUUAAAUUACUAUCCUUGGACAAGUAUGGCUGAGGAAAUGUUAAUAUGUUACCUAAUGGGUACCACUGACCUGGUCAUCCCAGUGCCUGUGGCCAGGCUUGAGUUUGGCUUGUUCUGCCCCACUCUGGAUUUUCCUUUCCAUGAAAUGAAGGGAAUAGACAAAGACUUCCUAAUCCCUGCUCUAUCCUUCUGGAAGAUUUCCCCCAUGAAUAAAUCCUUCUUUUCUGGGGGGCUUGGGUGGUUUAAGAAGACUAUGGGAGUGUUUGGCUUCCCAUGUUUUCAGCUCCAGACAGGCUUUGACUUCUCAGUAAAAUGACUCCCAGUGAAAGGAUGCCAUACCCUACAAACCAGGCCAAUCAGCAUGCACAGGUGCCAGUUGCAUACUAUUAGGAUACAGGAACGUGCUUCGGGUGCUGAGCAGGAGGAGGGUGGCAGUGGCAUUGGAGCUGUGUCGCCUAUGUGGAUAUAUUACUUGUAUUUAGUAAAUCCCUCCCCCAGGUGGUUUCCCCUGCUUUUUUACAUUGCUUUUAUGAUUUGUUCCAUAUUGAUUUAUUGUGGUAUCAUGGUUCUUUAUUCACAAACUGGGCAAGAGAAAGAAGAGGGAAAACAAACAAACCAAAAAGCAAUAUUUUUCCAUAUGCCAAAAAUCUUUCAACCCCUAAAAGCCCAUGAGUAAAAAUCAGAGCAACCCAGGAAUCCAACAAUCUCCAGUCGCUACUGACUCUUUCUCUAUGGCAAUAUCUUUACUGUGGCCUGCAAUGGGCCACACUUUUAUUUUUAUUAUGACUAGCCAUUUUAAAAUGAGGAAUAAAAAAUUAUAUAAUGAGCCACUCC